UAAGAAUAGGUGAGUACGGCCUACACCAAUUUUCAAAGUCAAACAAAAACAAUUUCUCAGCCCCUUCAUCCAAAUUAGGGAACACUAGGGUUCAUACCAGAAUCGAUUUUUGAUCGGAGUGAAUACCUAAUCAUCAUUGUAGCCGGCGACAUGUGGCACGAGGCGCGGAGAUCGGAGAGGAAGGUCCACGACAUGAUGGACGCGGCUCGGAAGCGGGCGCAGCGGCGCGCCAUAUACCUGGCCAAGAGGCGCGGCGACCCCCAGCAGUCAAUCCAGGCCGUUGGAUCCCGCUGCCGCAUCCACCGCGACGACGCCCUCUACCAGGCCACCGAGGAUCAGCAGGGCCUGAUACCUUGGAAUGGGAAGCAGGAUGUUUUGAUUGACAGAUUCGAUGGUCGUGCUCUUCUUGACUUUAUUCGUGAUAAUACUUCCAAACGGUUUCGGGUUCCGGAGAAAACUGAAGAAGAGGAAGAGUUAGAAGAGUUUGUUAAUUUUGAGCGUUAUCGGGACUUAAUUAAGCAUCGGCGUAGAGGAUUUGCCGAUGAGGAAGGUUUGCAACAUGUUAACCAAGAGAUGGAGGCUAAGAUCACUGCAGCUUUUGGAUCAGAGAGACCUCAUGUGGCUCAGCCUCCAGCAAAUAAAGGAUCUUAUUCUCAAGUUGGUUUUUCAUACGAUGGAGAUGGACAAGAAGAUCUUCAAUAUUCGGAUGGUGAGGAAGACGAUGAUGAAGAUGAUGAGGAGGAGGAAGAUUUCAAUAGUGAUGAUAGUAAUGAUGAAGCAAUGGAGUCAAUUGCUAAAGAAUUUGGAGUGAAGAGGUAUGGAUGGCUUGUAUAUAUGGAUAAAAAGGCUAAAGAGGAGGCAAGAAGACAGAAAGAAGUUAUCAAAGGGGAUCCUUCAAUUAGGAAGUUGAGUCGCAAGGAGAGAAGGAAAGCCUCUCAGAUAGAAAGAGAGAGGGAAAGAGAAGCUGCUCGUGUUACAGGAACUAGAGUUCUUCAUCAUGAUCCCUACCGGGACUCUAGGCGUAGUCCUACUUAUGAAGCUUACUCGCGUUCUAGGAGAUCAAGAUCUCGAUCAUACUCUCCUUCACAGUCUAGGCGUUAUUCACAUGGAAUGCACCCUGAUGAUACUCACCGAAGUAAAGAUAGCGGUCCAAAAAUAGAGUAUAUUACUGAAUUUGGGGGCUCAGGCGAUGGGAAGGAGCAAAAGCUUGGAGGAUAUUCUCCGCCACCAUCUCCUCCAUCUCAAAUUGAUGCAUUGAACCGGCCAUCAUCUGGUCACAUACUUGAGGCUCUGCAUGUAGACCCUGCCUCGGGUGUAUCCCUUGACAAAGAUAGAAAAGCGAAACUAUUGAAAACUACACAAAGCCCAUCCUCUGCUCUAGCAAAGUUGAACAAAGCAACUACUAGUGGAAGUCUCUUGAAGCAACAAGGGGAGAAGAAGGAAACACCUCAGGAACGACUUAAACGGAUCAUGGACAAACAACUAAACAAACAAAUUAAGAAAGACACAGCAAUUGAGAUGGCUAAGAAAAGAGAACAAGAGCGGCAGAGGCUUGAAAAACUUGCAGAAACUAGUCGAGCGAGCAGAUAUCAGCGACGGAGUCGAAGUAGAAGCAAUAGCCAAUCUCCCAGAAGAUACAGACGAAGCCGAAGUCCAAGCAAGGGAAGGAGUUCACGGAGAUAUCAUUCACCGUCUCGCUCUCGUUCACAUUCACGUUCACGUUCUUCCCGAAGAUCUCGUUCCCCCUCUCGCUCCUACUCAAGUUCUCGUUCCUACUCCCGCUCUAAAUCUCCAGGGGGAAUAAGGCGGACAAGGUAUUGAAAAGUAAAUCCGAUUUGAGGGUGCAUCAAGAAUUCUGUAAUCUGCAUUUAGGUUGAAGUUCCAAUCCCCCAUGGUUUGUGAAAUUUUAUUCUAGUGAUCUAAGUAGAAUGUUAAAAUAUGAAUGUGCUCUGAUCUGCUUUUAUACAUCGACUGGAUACACAUUAUGUAAAAAUAUUAUUUUGUUUAUUAUUUAUAAAUAGUGGACAUCUCGAUUGCAUCUUAA